GAGUGACACAGCCAUGGCCUUGGAGGCGGACGGCCACAGAGGUUCAUCAAGGAGCGCACAUGAAAAAUAUCCCCGGGCGGCGUUGGAGCGCAACGGCUACGUGAGGACAUGUGUCACCUCGCUGCAGCAGGACGCAGGGAGCCAGUCGUGGCUGAGACUCGCCGUGGCAUGGACUUGCAGAAGAAGAUUGUCGUCUGCGGCGUGCGUCGCCUCAGUCUCCGUUAUUCUCGCUCUGCUGCUCACAUUGGUCGACUGGGAUGCAGGCAGCAGCAGCAGCAGCAGCAGCAGCAGCAGAGGAAAUAGCAGCGGCUCCGGCUCCGGUCUUCACUCCGCGGCGGGCUGCGCACUGGAGCUGCUGUUGACUGUGUGUCACUGCGUCUCCCCGGUUUUCAGCCUCGUAUGUGCCUUUUUCUGGGUCGGACUGUGUCUGAUCCGCUGCGGCGUGCUGGUCCGCACCGCGCUCUUCUUGUUAGCGCUGUGCCACUUGGGCGAAGCAGCGGCGCAGUCGCUCCUGCGCGGCGCCGAAGAGAAGCUGCUGUCCCUCCCCGCGACCCUGGUAGUCCUCGGCUGCCUGGGCAGCGGGGCUCUGCUGGUCGUCCGGCUGGGUCAGGGAGUGUCGAUCCUCGUCUUCGUCAGCGUCAUCCGGGCCGUGUCCCUCGUCUCUCUGAGCAGGGUCCGGGCCAGCUGGAGACCCUACCUGGCCUACCUGCUGGGGCUGCUGGGGUUUUUGCUUGCGCGGUAUGCUGACCGGCUUCUGCCGGCCCCAGGGACCAGCGGGACGGGGUGCUGUGGCUCUGUGACCGGGGCGAAGGAGGAGGACAUCCCUGUCUUCAAAAGGAGACGGAGGUCCAGCUCCAUAGCGGCCUCGGAAAUGAUUGCUCAUGGUCACAACAACAGCAAGUCCCACCGCAGGACUUCGCUGCCAUGCAUUCCGCGGGACCAGUCGUCGGGCACCAGUGUGGUAGUGGACAUCGCCGUGAUGGGGGAGGCCCACGGUUUGAUCUCAGACCUGCUGGCCGACCCCUCACUGCCCCCCAACACCUGCAUCUCUCUGAAGGCCGUCAGCAACCUCCUUAGCACCCAGAUCAGCCUCCAGCCGCUGCACCAGCCUCGCAUCCCUGGCGACACACAAGGCUGCUCCGACUCGGAGGAGGGGCCCGACAAAGCAGAGAGACUGGCCAUCCCAAAGCGUCUCAGGCGGAGUCUGCCCCCAGGCUUGCUAAGGAGAAUCUCAUCAACGUGGACCACAACCACCUCAGCCACAGGGCUGCCCACCAUCGAGCCGGGCCCUGUACGCCGAGACCGCUCAGCCAGCAUCAAACACACCACAGACAGUGAAUCAUGGAACAACUCAGUGAUGAUGACCAUCUCAAAGAGCCGCUCCAUGUCGGCCUCCUGUGCUGCCUCCGUCACCUCCAACCACCUUUUCAGCAAAUCAAUGGGAAGACCCGGUUUCCCUCCCUCCAACGUAUCACCUCUGGGCUCUCCAUGCCCGUCUCCUCCCGUCCAGGGCACGCCCGUCUCCAGUCCUACGAUAAAGACAUGUUCAGUGCAGCUUCCUGAGCUGGCUGGCCCGCUAACUGAGUGCCCCCCUGGCCCUGUGGCCCCCAAGAGCCAUCACAGAGCCUUAACUCACAGCCAGAGCGCCCCAGACUCCACCACACCUCACUGGCGGCCUCCAUCACUCUGCGGCAGCUGUGGCAGGCCGUUCAACAAUCGCUUAAACCACAGGGUCGAUUCAGUCGACAAAGGGGACAGAAUACCUCAUCCAGAUGAGCGUGCAGUAGCGUCAUCCGACUACGACAGCACCUAUGACAGCACCUACGAGACCAACCACAGUGACAGCAGCGACUUUGCACAGAACGAAGAGGAGGGAGAAGGAAGGAAGAAGCUGCCAGAAGCAAGGGAAGGAUGCAGAGAGUAUCCAGCAGAGGGCGUAGUUCUCCAUCCACUCCUGCCGUCACCAGGGGACAAGCCCAUCCUGGCACUGGAGACUCUGGUGAUGCCGGGUCUUGAGUCUCUGAAUAGUCAACUCAACAACUGGAACUUUCCAAUUUUCAGUCUGGUGGAGAAGACGCACGGCAAGACAGGCUGCAUCCUCAGUCAGGUUUCCUAUCGGCUGUUUGAGGACACAGGUCUGUUUGAGACCUUCAGGAUCCCUAUAAAAGAGUUCAUGAACUACUUCCACGCUCUGGAGAACGGCUACAGGGACAUCCCCUAUCACAACAGGAUUCAUGCCACUGAUGUGCUGCAUGCUGUUUGGUACCUCACCACUCAGGCUGUGCCGGGCCUGCCCACCCUGCUCACUGAGAAUGGGAUCCACACUGACUCAGACAACGGCCUUAGACCUGGGAGCACAGGCUUCCUGGUGUCCAAGAUGAACCCUCAGCCGGAGGAAGGCUGCGGCUCCCUGUCGGGCCUCAUCCCCGGCCUGGAGCUCAUGGCCCUGUAUGUAGCUGCUGCCAUGCACGACUACGACCAUCCUGGGAGAACCAACGCUUUUCUAGUUGCUACCAGUGCACCACAGGCUCUUCUAUACAACGACCGAUCGGUCUUGGAAAACCAUCAUGCAGCUUCAGCUUGGAACCUGUUCAUGUCUCGACCCGAGUACAACUUCCUCAUCAACCUCGAACACGUGGAGUUCAAGCGCUUCCGCUUCCUCGUCAUUGAAGCCAUCCUGGCCACUGACCUCAAAAAGCAUUUUGACUUCCUCGCAGAGUUCAAUGCUAAGGUGGGUGAUGAAGGCGUGUCUUGCAUCGACUGGACCAACGAGAACGAUCGAUUGCUGGUGUGCCAGAUGUGCAUCAAGCUGGCUGAUGUGAAUGGACCACUGAAGUGUAAGGACCUGCACCUGCAGUGGACAGAGGGGAUCGUCAACGAGUUCUACGAACAAGGUGAUGAAGAAGCGAGCUUGGGUCUUCCCAUCAGCCCAUUCAUGGACCAUUCGGCUCCGCAGCUCGCUAAACUACAGGAGUCCUUCAUCACUCACAUAGUUGGACCUCUGUGCUCUUCCUACCACUCUGCUGCUCUCAUGCCGGGACGUUGGGUCGACCCACCUGAGGGACCGGAGGAGGAGGAGGAGGAGGUGAAGGAAGAACAAGAUACAGAGGAAGACGAGGAAGAUACGGCAGACGAGGACGCAUCAGGAUUGGACAUAUCCCAGCAACAAGAAAACAAAAAGAUGAAGAGGAGGAAUGUGUUUUGCCAGAUCACACAGCAUCUUUUGGAAAACCACGAAAUGUGGAAGAAGGUGAUUUCUGCAGAGGCCCAGGAGGAGGCACAGAAAGAGGACCCAAACCGCUGCCCCGCCGUUCCAAUCACAGCCAUUCAUGAGGAAGAGGAAGAGCAAGCAAGCAAAGAGGAGGAGUCAACAGACAGCCUUGAUGAAAGGGAAGAGGUCCAGGCUUUGGACGAAGAGGAAAUCCUUCAGCAAUCAAAGACUUCAGGGGAAAAAGAGGAAGAACCGGAGUGAUAUUACAGACUUAGACCUCCUCUUAAACCAGGAAUCUGAACAUUGUCUAAAAAAAAAUGUUUCUUACGUAACUAAACUCUUGAUAUGGUAGCCAGCACAUCACUUUGACACAACACUGUAGAAGAUGUUUUGGGUAAUAUGUGCCUAACAAACACAGGGUUCAAGGAUAUGAUUGAGAGGCAAAUAAGUUGAAAAAGAAAAAAAGAGAAUGAUUGGGACUGUAUUCACAUUUGUUGUCGUGUUUGUUUUAGUCUGGAUCUGGUGCCCUGCCCUCGCCCAGGCUGCCCAUCCUGCACUAUGAGCCAACCAUGCUGAUUCACUCCUUCACUCCACCAGUUAGUACAACACUGUCACCAAGCUGCACCCCCCUCCCACUCGCCAAUCCCACCCUUCUUGUUGCUCUCCCGCUAUCAGCACACUGUGUAGCCCAUGUCUAAUGCCAUCUAGAUGAGGAUGUGUAACAAGCCCCUUCUCCUUGAGGACAAUGGGAUGAAAGCCAGAGGAAAAAAGCUUCAGAGGCAGACGGGAAAAAGAAGAGGCGGCUGUAGUGCAUUGUGUACGCAGACAUACACCCACACGAGUUUCACAGACACACACAAUGCUGCACUAGUAACACAAUCCACACACAGAACCGAUGGGAAGCUUAACAAAGAACCCUAUUGCUCUAAAAGCUUUAUUUUCGCUCAAGGGAAAACAUUGAAAACAAUGUUUUGUUCAUGUCCAGCAAUGUUUGUUCUCGGUUGCAUGUUUUCUCUCUGUGUUAAUCAAAGUCGGUCGAGUACACCUACAUGUUUCCAGGACACACAACUCAGGAAGGAAGAGACCUGUAGAGAAAAAAAACAAAAAACAAAGGGGGACUUAUAGCGUCCUCCUCAUUUACUUGUGACUGCUUUAAGAUUUUCUUUCUGUGCAGUUUGAAGCGCAAUCCAUUUUACCGAUGUCCCUAAAUAGAUUACACUUUAAAAUAUGUAUUUCAUAUUUUCCACAAACUAUAACAGGGCAGCUUAUGCUGUUAAUCACACUAAAAUAUACAAUAAAUAAUUGUAGGUACAUUAGAGUAAUGUUUUUUUUUGUUUUAUGUCACUUUACAAGUUUGCUUAAACUAAUGUCCGCACUGCUGGAGAAGAAUUCUUUAUAAUUUCUAAUCUGGUAUUUAGGCCAAAUGCUUCAAAAAGUGAGUAAUCCAGUAAGCCAUAGUGGGCCAGGCCAGCGCUGACUCACAGCUCAAAAUUACUCGAGAGGAUUUACAUCAAGACAAAAAAACUCAACAUCUAGCCGUCACACCAGGAACGACGAUUGUCAACAUGUUGACACUUAUGACCCAUAACUUCUCAGUGUUUAUUACUCAGCAGUUAUGUGACCUCACUGCCCAUGAAUUGGACAACACUGAUCUUGGAACUUGGCCUUCUGUUUGAACAUAACUACACACCUGAUAGUGUCUUCCAUAGUUGUGACACUUUUUCUGAAUCCGUCCACAGACAGACCGACAUAUAAAUACGUGCCAAAGUGCUCAAACCCACCUCUGUGGUAGCUCCUGCUACUUAUCGGUCUCCAGGACCACAUUUUGCCAUGAUGACACACCCACAGGCACAUAUAAACCAUUUGCGGUCAUUAUCUCUGGAAAAUGUCCACAUAGUUGAGAGUUUGCCUUCUACAUAUUAAGAACAAGGCAACAGGUACUUCAGCAACAUUCAGGCUAGAGUUGGCACCGGAGUAAAGCAAUCAAAUCCAAAUAAUUCAAUCUUUCAGUUGUUAGUUGCACAAAAAGUCAAAUGAAAAGAGUUAGGUAACAAAGGCAGAAACAGAGAAUUGAGAAUUGCACAAUUGACAAUGACGUCUGCACUGUACACCUGUGGACGUUUCUCUGCCUCACUGAUGACACGGCUUAACAGGUGGUGUCACCCUCCGCUAUGAUGUGUUCAGAUAUUCCGAUUGGUGGUGAUGGAGGAGAAGUGUAAACCAGGAGAGCAGCCUGUCAAAUGAGGCUUAGCAACAUAAGAGGAGGAGAGGAAGAAGAGGCCUUUUAGCUUGAUGUGUAGCUGCUUAUGAGAAGUCAGAGGGUUCUUAUAUCUUUUCAGCAGAUUCCUCGAGGUGUGACUCUUUGAAGACGAGCCAGUUUAGUCGGAUUCAGUAUCAUGCGAUGAUCUUUGUUACCAAGUUGGAGAAAAUGUAUUACAGGGACCUGCAGCGCUGUAUAUUUGAUUUGACAACUUUGAGCAACAGUGGCACUUUAUGGAUGUAGAGCCAAAGAUUUCCGGAUUCUUUUUAUCAAAACCACAAAGCGAACAAAGACACGUGUUAAUACAAUUGAAAGAGUUUCUUGGACAGCGUGUACCAGAGAGGCUGCCAAAGUCUCACAGAAGAGCUGAGGUGGAUGAGUAAAGCAGAAAGGGUGGUUGAAUCCGCAGGAGUACCAGUUGUCAGAGGCAUUUAAGUAGCUGUGAUCAGUCAAAAAGUAAAAGCAGACUAAGCAAUCUAUUAAGCAGGUGAUUGCAGAGACUGUUUAUACUGGCUGAACUGUUCCUGCUGUGACCCAAUUUCUUAACUCAAUUAGAGUUUUGCUAACGUUAAUACUGUCUAAAUCCUCAGCUGUAUCCAUUGCACUGUUAUCAAAAUGCCCAUUGUGCAAAAGGAGGGUUAAACUGUGCAACAUAAUGCCCUUGACUGCUUAUUCCCUGGAAAGGGGCAGUGGUUCAGCAUGUUUUUACUGCUAGGAAAAAGAAAACCAGUGCUGACCAAAUCCUGAGCUGUUUCAGUCUCGUGUUGAGACCUCUUAAUAGGUGUUGAGAGUCGGUUUAUUGGUUCAUUUUAAUUAAAGGCGCUAUUGCAGACGACAAAGGAAACUGUAAUCCAGCAUAAUACACAAUUAAAAGUAAAAGGACCUCCAGUGUUGAUGUGAAUCAGACAGCAAGGCCUUGUUGAAAGUUGCUUGGUAACAAAAGAAAGGGAAUCCAAAAGUGAUGUAUGACUCCUGAGACAAAGCGUAUCUUACCUGCCGAUAAAACAUUUGCAUUUGUUGCGUAUGCAAUAAUUCACACUUGGAUCUACAACUCCCCUCGUUGACCGGAUGUCUUCCAGUAGCUUCCCCUUGCGUUGGCCUGUCAUGACAAGUGCACAUGUAGCAGUAAACAUCAGCCGAGACGCGACAGAACCACAUGGCUCCGGGUCAUGUAGGACAUUUUACCUGAGCAUUUUUUAAGCUCUUUUAAGCAACACAGCUUUUAAAAUUCAGUAACUCAAAAAAAAAAUCUUUCUAAACCUCCUGCCUCUAAAAGGCAUCUGAGCUGACGUGAAAGAGCCUGAGCUCCAUGAACUGUAAAUACAGUAUAUCGUUGCCUCACUCAGUGUGCAUACUUAUGCAAUGGAUUUUCUUUCUCACGUCUAACACAUGAACUGUCACAUGCUCCACCUCUUUGUUUGGACAUUUGUUCUCAGACUCCCCUCAGCUCUCUUGCAUGAGUUCUGUGAUCAGAGAAAAUAAAGCUCACAGGGGAUCAAGUCUGAAGAAAAAACGCUUCCUGCCUCUGAUCUCCACUCAGAGCCCUGCCUCGAUAGGUUUCUACACUACAGUGCAGCAGUCAAAGAGACUUAAUCAAAGCUGUGAUAGAAUUUCGAAGUGGCUUUUUUUUGUCAUAAUCGAUGGAAAAUAUUGGAGGUUUCGUGCGAAGUCAUUUAGAGAGAUUUAAGUAAAUUGUAGGGGAGUGGUAAACGGAUACUUUCAAUCCAUAAGGAACAGGUUUCAGGUUAUUACCCUUGCAGUGCUUUGCAGUUUUGGGCUUCAUAACUACAUAUACUGUAGGUUUUACAUAAUUGCUGGCCAUUUUUAAAUGCAGGCUGAUCUGCUUUAGAUGUUAAAGCCAUCCAUUGGUUUUGUAAGAUAUCUGUACAGUGUGGAAAGUUAUUAGCAUUCCCACAAAAGGUUUGUUGGUUCAGUCAGUAAAAUGAUGCAGACCCGCUGUUUACUGUAACACGUCUAACCACGUGUCUAAACACGUGGUUAGACGUGUUACAGUAAACAGCAACUGAUUUGUAAUAAAUGAGCUGAGACCCAUAAAAUAUUUUUUUUAAAUCCAAAUAAUGUAGAUUAGAUCGAGACUCAAAAUUGCAUAAAAACUCACAUCAUAUGUUGGCUUUUUUGGUCUUUGUCGCCUCAAGUACACUGGCUUAUGUUUAGUUUUUUUUAUGAAUCAUAAGCAACUUUCUCUUGCUUUAUGAAACCCGGCCUGAAAGUCCAGCCUUCACAACUUCCGCUCUGAUUAAAGCCAGUAUCAAUGCUUUCAAGUAAAGAUCGAGAAGAAGGGGAUUGCUGCACACUGGAUUAACUUGUGCAAACCAAAGAAACAUUUUGAGCUCUGUGUUUUUUUUGUGAUUUGCACAAAACGAGCCCUAAUAAAAGGAGCAUGUUUCAUGCAACUUUCUUUUUGUUUUCAGUGUCAUCCAGAAUCUGGUGAGGGUCUGUAUAUGAAUACACUUUGUUCUCGUGCAAAGACAAAGCAACACAAGAUUCAUGUUAAGGUUCAUCUAACAGACCGGAGCUCAUGGGUUGUCCACGUCUUCACUGUGUGUUGUUUUAAUGCCGUGUCAAUAGGCGGCAGUAGCACUACAAUGGGACUGACCAAACGGUCCGUUCUCAGACUGGAGCCCUUGUACUUUCUUUUUGAUGAUUUGAACCCAAAACAUUUCUUUUUUGUAUUGUUUGUUGUUCCAUCCAUUUGAAAAGGGAGGUAUGCAUCUGUGCCAUAACAUUUCCACAUAUAUGUAUGUACCUAUACAUUGUUUGAAUGAGAUAUACAUCAGCUUUUCUUGUUUGUCACAAUGGAAACCAAAACAAAAAAAUGUUCACCACCUUUAAGGCUGAGACAAAUAAGGCUGGUAUGUUUUUAUCUACUAUAGCAGGCGCUUCACACACUCAAUUAUUUUCUUCUCUUCAAUAUCUUGCACUUAACACAUGUAGCAAUACUUACAGGAUGGGGAAAUUGUGUGUUUCACCAGUAUUUGUUUAAGUGGAAUAUAUGACAUUUUGUUUCUAGAUAUUGUUUGACUUUGUAUAAAACAACAAUAUAAGCUGUACAGAUUCAAAAAAGUAUAUUAUAACAAAAAACUUUUAGAAAAUAUUUAUUUUUACCGUUUUGUAAUUUAGACACAAAACUGUAGCUCCUCUAUUGCCAGACUUACUGGAAGUGCCUCUCGACAAUGUAUUACAACGUAACUAUACAAUAUAUUGGGAAUAUUAGAACCUGUCACUAGCAGAGCAGUGUUGAUGUUGUAAUGUGAAUAUUGUUGAAUAAUAAGAUUUAUAAAUGC